CCGAGCUCCCUCUCUCUCUCCCUCUCCCUCUCUUUCCCCCACCUCCUCUUCCUCCCCUCUCAGUCCCAUGCCUUAAAGGUUGGCCUCUAGCCCCUCCUUUUCUCUUUCUCUUGUUUUUUUCUUCCUCCUUUAUUCCCUCUGGGAUCAUCUCUGCCACUCUGCGCUCAUUUGCCGCUGCUGUCUGCCCAUUUUUCUCCACCGUCGCUGCACUAAAACUAAAAACCGCAUCUUUUUUUUGUUGGUUUUUCUUCUCGAUGGUGCCGUAGUGGAUCUAGCUUUUUGGUGUUGAAGAGUAUUAGGGUUCUUAGAAUGGCCCGCGCAGCCCGAUCAGCUCCCUCACCUCGUUGAGGAUUGAUGAUGUUUUCCGGUGGCUGUGCUUCUUUGAUGGCGGAAACGUGGUGGAGGGGGGUCGAAUCGGUUGUUAUAGCUUAAGAUUUUCCGGUUCUUGGGGUGGAUUUGUGAAUUGUUGGUUCUUAUUGAUGCACAAGUUGUGAAAAAUUGCCCUUUAGAUUUUGGUCUUGAAAGGCGUUGAUUCGAUGCUGCUGCUUAUUGGAAUGGGGGAUUUGACUGAAAGAACUGGAUCUGGUUGCAAAAUAUUGGGUUCUUGUUGGGAAAAGCGGUCGAUGAAUUGUUUGGUUUUGUGAAAGAUGGAGGGAGAGAACACCAUCGUGACGGUCGAUGAGAAGGAUCAUGUGCAUUUGGUGAAAGAGUCUCAACCAGAGGAUAUCUUGUGCCCGGAGAUGGAAAUGGAUGAGAACGAGAACGGUGUCAUUGGUUGCGCAGAUGGUAGCGCCGGUUUUGAGGGCGAGAUGGGUGAGGAAAGCAAUGUUGUUUUCUCAAGGGAGGCCCCUAUACUGACAAAGGGCUCUCUCAUCUCCAAAGGUCAUUGCUGUGGCAGCAAGGUCAGAUCGAAAUCCUCUGAGUUGAUGGAGUCUGAAAUCCAAAGGAAGGACAAAAAUAAGCAGGAGAAAAAACUCAGUAGGCAGGAGAGGAUUGAGCUUGGUCGCUUGUUUCAGGGUGCAGUGAGUUCUCAGGAUUUAGAGCUUGCUGAGAACCUGAUUCUGUUGGCUGAUCCACUGACUCUCAAUGAUAUGCUGUGCAUAGCAUUAGACUCUAUAUGGUUCCUGACAACUCGGCAAGAACUGAAUGGUAUUACUGGCCUGAUUAAGAAGAUUGUUGCCAAUGGAGCGAAUGACUUCACAAGGGCGGCCCUCAGGACUUCGUUUUUGGCUUCGUGUGUUUCUGCAUGUCAGAGCAAAACCAUGAGUUUGGCUGAUACAGUGGGCAUCAUGGCCCAUAGGUUGCAUGAGCGUCUUCAGGAAUGCCACGGUGAUGAGGUUUUGAAGGCAGAAGCAGGUGCAAAGGUCCAGAAGUUCACAGAAUGGGCCUUGAAGUGCAUCGGAGUUCACUCUCGGUGCCAGGAGAAUAAGGGCAGAAGGAGCCACAGCACAAUUCUCGAAGUCCAACUUCAGUUGUCAGCUUUUAAGAACUUUUUAGAUCUUGCUGGCAACAACCUUACAGGAAAGGAUUUUACUGAAGCUUUUGAUGCAGCAUGCUUCCCUUUGACUCUCUUCUCUACAUCUGGAAUCUCGGCAACUGUAAUACAAGGAUUACUGGGAAUGCUAGUUGAGGGCGGUGCAGAUAAUGUAAACCAAUGCUUUCUUGAAGCUUCAAGAUUUGGAAGUACAGAGCUCGUACGAAUUUUACUACAGAUUGCUCAGAGGAACAGCUUGGAUAUCGACGUUGAUCUUGCCCUAGGCUUUGCCUCUCACUACUGUAAAAUUGGAACCAUGGAGUGUUUGGUUGAAGAAGGGAAUGCUGCGGCCUUCCUGGGUCCUUUGAUGCGAGCAGCUGAGAGGGGCUGCAUGCAGGUAGUUCAAUGGUUUGUUGACCGGGGAUGUAGGGACAUGGAACUAUGCCUUGCCCUUACUGCCGCCGCCUCUAGCAGCCAGGUGGGAAUUGCAUCUUACCUUCUCCCACACAUCCCGCAGCAUGUCCUAGCUGCCCUGAGCAUCGAGGUCCUAAAGGCAGCAGGUGAGAGAAGCAGCGGGUCUCUGGAUGGCGUUGCAUUCCUUCUCCGCAACAACUUCCUUGGCGACCCCGCAGCAACGUAUGCUGUGGCCGACAGCAUUGCGAGGUCCAGUGAUGAGGCCGUGGCCCCUAAUCUGAGAGCUUUUCUGAAGGAGCACUGGUCCGAGGCAGCUUAUGCUGAGGGCUUGAGCUAUGGGCAAAAUCACUAUGUGAAUUUUAUGAGGAUUCUGAGAAGGGGUGGUUCACCCAUCUGUCUCAAGGACCUUCCGCCACCCCUGGUGACUGCGAUAGCAUACUUGCCACUAUACAGAGAGUGUCGGGAGAAGGGUGGGCAGUUGUUGCCACAAAAACUGAGAGGACAGCUUGUGGAGGCAGCUAGUAGGGUUGGCGGAAGGCCGGUGGAGAAGAAUAGCCAGGCAAGAGAGCUUCUCGCAAUUUUGGGGCAGCACCUUCCUACCUUCUUUCUGCAACUUCCAAACAUCAGUAGCACCCUAUUAUAGGUAAUUGAUAGAACACAGAAUCAUGGAACAGUAAAUAUGUCUUUUCUCAGCCCCCUAUAGCUCUGGGCACUCCGUGCUUGUUUCCUGUUCCAUGCUUUUGCAUCGAGAGUUGCAUGGAUACCCAACAUUCGUCUGAAACAUUCUAAUGGUAAGCCAAGCGAGGAUUUACCUUGGAAAAGUGCUCAUCGGAUUAGUUUUGAGCAUUGUUGUUUUGGUCUUAUCCGCAUAUAUAUGGCGGCACCACAUCUCGAUUGAUUGAAACACUCAGUUUGUUUUCGAAAUAUACCCUAAACUAAAGUCAAAAUUUCUUGCUCAGGACCCCAUUGCAGAGGACUUGGUAUUUCACCAUCAUACCUAGUUGAAUCUGCUGUUUGUAACCAAAGUGCAAUAGUAGUAUUUGGGCAUUCUCAUAAAUCCCUUGUCAUCUUUAGCAGUUGUAAUCAGUGUUUUGUUUCCAGAGCAAGAGUUGAUCCAUCAAGCCCUCGGUUUAUCUGGUCAUUGAUUGGACCAGUGGGUUUUUUAUCACUGAUAAAAUUUCUCAAACAGGUUUUAUGUUUUUUUCUUCCCUGUAUUAUUAAUUCAAUCAAGGAGGUGAUGAGUGAUUACUACUUAUGCUGUUUA